GACUUAUUACAAUUAAUACGUUUUCAGAAGGUAUACCUUUCAAGGAUUUUAUAUUUUAUGGUAAAAACUCUUUCCAAAUAUCUUGUAUAGGUAAUAGCGGAUGUCCUGUAUUUUCUUAUUUACAAAAUUUAAAAACUAUGCGUCUAAGUGGCAUACAUAUUCAAAGCGAUGGAGAUUUUUCUGAAUUAUUGCCAUUAAAUAUAAUUCUCAGCAAAGGUGAAUUAGAGCUUGUUAAACCUUCACAUUAG